CUCGAGGAAAUCACGAGGCGGGAGAUCGCGCGGCGGAUGAAAUUAAAUUUCAAGACACUCGACGACACUCAACAACUUUCCCGAGCGAACGGAAAACGGAGACGACCGACGACGAAAGAAUGUAACGUGCGCAAAUGUUAUCCGACGUUGCCGCUGUCGUCGCCGUCGUCGUCGUCGUCGUCGUCGUCGUCGCCGCCGCCGUCGUCCGUCGUCGUCGUCGUCGCGCACGGCGCCGCUUCGUGGCUGCGACUGAACGGUUCCGUUCUCCACACUCGGUGUGGCGUUCCUCCUCUCUUCGCGCUUCUCUCCUGCCCACCCGCGCCUGUUCGUGCCACGCUGCGCCGCGCCGCGACCGCACCGUGUGGGAGGACCGAGGGCGCCCCGGCGACGCACCAGCAUCCCGCUCUUGGACAUCUGGCGAGCACACGCCGUGCCGUGCACGCGUCGAGGACGGCGACCGCGGAUGCACGGGGUUACACGGCGCAACGGACGUGUGCGUGCGCAACGCAACACGUGUACGAAUCAUCCUGCCCGCGUACCCCAUAUGUUAAUAGGAGGUCAAAUAAUCGCGAAAGGACGUCCGACUUCCGUGUACAGCACCAACGAGCCAUGGCCACGGAGGCGGAAGCUGCGAGGGAGGCGAGGGCCAAAGUGAUUGCGGCGGAAGGAGAAAUGCGAGCCUCCCAUACCCCGAAAGAGGCCAGCGACGUCAUUUCCACGGGUCCUGUGCCGCACUGCAGGUACGCAUACCCGUAUUUUGUCUCUCGGCGAGCAGACGCCGGUGGCACUUAUUAAAUGCCGCUAAUUACCUAAUGUUGCACAUUGCUACCGUGCUUUAUUAUCUGGCUUUUAUUUAUAUUGAACCUCGUUUCACCGUAAUGUAUUGCGUUUAACGCCUUACUACACACAUAUUUAAAAUUAUUCAUCGAACGAAAUCGGCACUGCGACUAAGUAGAGUCACAGAAAUACUUUUUUAAUUAUCGAAAAGAACGAGUGUGAUAUAAAAUCGGACCUUUGGAUAAGUUUAAUUAUUGCGCCGGUUUCGCGCUUGUACAGAUGUCUUUGACAAAAAUAUAUAUAAAUUUUUGUUGUGCAAGUUCAAUGGCUGGAAUGAAACAAGAGGCUUUAUUUUGCUGUUUCUUUUGUGCGCAACACGGCACGUGAUGCAAUCAAACAAAAAUCCUACCCGUGGAGAUCGGGUGUCAUAAUUAGAAGAUAAUACGAGGGAGGAAAAAAUUCAUUAUAUUUUCUACUCUUUCUUCUCUGUGCUACCCCGAACAACGCAUGCGGUGAGAGGAAUUUGACGGUCAUAUUUCCGUCGUCGGUUGAGUUCCCGGGGCCUUUAUUCAUCCCCCCCUCCCCCCGGCUUGCGCCCCCAUCAGAAAACUGCACAGGUGGGAUCCUUAUAUAAGGCGGGGCGUAAACACUAAAAAUAAUAAUCCUCUCUCCUCCACUAAUUUACCGUUAUUAUCAGAAAAAAAAUAUAUGAUGC